GCCGCCGCCGUCAAACAUAUCGUUCCGCUUCGUGUCUGGGUUGAAACAAAAGCAUUUUCGGCGUGUUGAAAAUUUUGCAAAAAAAGAAAACUUUCAAUACGUUUUUAAUUAACAAUUAGCAAAAUAUUUCUUGUUUCAUUAGUUAUUCGAGGAACCGAUACCAAAUAACAUGAAUCGCAGACGUCAUCACGAUGGAGACGACGAUGGUUAUGAACACCGCAACCGUAAGCGCCGCCGCGUUUCAGAGAAUCAAGAAAUUGAAGAUCGUUUGGAGUCCUUGAUUUUGCGUGUGGGUGAACGUAGCACCUCAUCGGUGGAGUCCAACUUGGAGGGUCUGGUGUCGGUGCUUGAAGCUGAUUUGGGUACCUUUCGCCUGAAAAUCUUACGCAUCCUCUCAGAUUGUGCCGUGAAAAUGCCGGAGAAGUGUACCAUUUAUACGACGCUCGUGGGCCUGUUGAAUGCCAAAAAUUACAAAUUUGGCGGCGAGUUUGUCGAUCACAUGGUUAAAAUAUUCAAGGAGUCUUUGAAACAGUGCAAAUGGAAUAAUGCACGCUAUUCACUGCGUUUCUUGGCCGAUUUGGUGAAUUGUCAUGUCAUUUCGGCUUCUUCAUUGCUGCAGUUGUUGGAUACCAUGAUCGAUGUAUCCAAUGAAGAUCCAGUACCACAAGUAAGACGUGAUUGGUAUGUGUUUGCUGUGUUAUCAACCCUGCCAUGGGUUGGUCGAGAUCUCUAUGAGAAGAAAGAAACUUCGUUGGAGUCAUUAUUGCUGCGUAUUGAGGUAUAUCUCAAUAAACGUUCCAAGAAACAUCACAAUGCAUUGCGUGUAUGGUCUGUGGAUGCUCCUCAUCCCCAGGAAGAAUACUUGGAUUGUUUGUGGGCACAAAUACGUAAAUUGCGUCAAGAUAAUUGGGCCGAAAAGCAUCUUCAAAGACCCUACUUGUCAUUCGAUUCCAUUUUGUGUGAAGCUCUGCAACAUAACUUGCCACAGAUUGUACCACCACCACAUCACGAAUCAUAUGAGUAUCCCAUGCCCUGGGUGGUGUAUCGCAUGUUCGAUUAUACCGAUUGUCCAGAUGGCCCAAAUCUACCCGGAGCCCAUUCAAUUGAACGUUUUCUGAUCGAAGAACAUCUUCAUCACAUUAUUGAAAUGCAUCAUAAGGAACGUAAAGAUUGUGCUGCACAACUAUUGGCAUUCCCAUAUAAAAAUAAAGUACCACUCGAAUAUUGUAUUGUGGAGGUGAUUUUUGCUGAGCUAUUCCACAUGCCAACUCCACGUUAUUUAGAUAUUGUUUAUGGUUCGAUUCUGAUUGAAUUGUGUAAAUUACAUCCGGCCACAUUGCCGCAAGUGUUGGCCCAAGCAACGGAAAUUCUUUUCAUGCGCAUUGAUUCCAUGAAUACUUCAUGCUUUGAUCGUUUUGUUAACUGGUUCUCGUACCAUUUGAGUAAUUUCAAAUUUACUUGGUCAUGGGAGGAAUGGGAUAGUUGCUUGCUAUUGGACAUGGAACAUCCACGUCCCAAAUUUAUACAGGAAGUUUUACAGAAGUGUUUGAGAUUAUCGUACCACCAACGUAUCGUGGAAAUGAUGCCCGAGACCUAUGGUAAAUUGUUACCAGUUCAACCAGCACCAAAUUACAAAUAUGCAUCUGAGGAAGCCGCUUCAUUGGCUGGCACCCAAGUAGCCCAUCAACUGGUGGUGGCUAUACGCCAAAAAUGCACCCCCGAGGAAGUUAUCAACAUCCUAAAAGAAUUGCCAAAUUCAGGUGAAAAUGCCGAUCAGGAAAUGUCGGAAACCUCGUUUAAUCCAUUGAAAAUCGAUGUCUUUGUUCAGACUCUGUUGAAUUUGGGCUCGAAAUCAUUUUCACACAGUUUUGCGGCAAUAUCGAAAUUUCAUUUAGUUUUUAAGGCCUUGGCAGAAUCUGAAGAAGCCCAAAUCUGCAUACUUCACAAUGUUUUCGAAUUGUGGCAAAAUCAUCAACAAAUGAUGGUUGUCAUUAUUGAUAAGCUGUUGAAGACUCAGAUUGUGGACUGUUCGGCAGUAGCCACCUGGAUUUUCUCGAAAGAAAUGACUGGUGAAUUUACAAAAAUGUAUCUUUGGGAGAUAUUACAUUUGACCAUACGGAAAAUGAAUAAGCAUGUUAUAAAACUAACAAUUGAAUUGAAUGACGCCAAGGAAAAAUUAUCAAAAGCCGACUCAUCAUCAAGCGAUUCAGAAGAUGAGGCAGCACCAAAACGUAAGAAACCCGUAACAACGGUCGACAAGCCGACAGAAGAGAUGGUUGAACGCAUGGAGGAGAAACUGGAAGCUGCAAAUGUCGAUCAGAAACGUCUGUUUCUCAUUGUAUUCCAGAGAUUCAUUAUGAUUCUCUCAGAACAUUUAGUUAGAUCGGACACAGAUGGACGUGAUCCCGAUACAGAUUGGUAUCGCUGGACAAUUGGGCGUUUACAACAAGUUUUCCUAAUGCAUCAUGAACAAGUCCAAAAAUACAGUAGCACCUUGGAGACCCUUCUGUUCACAUCCGAUCUGGAUUCACACAUAUUGGAUGUGUUCCAUCAGUUUGUUGCACUCCGGGCUUAAGCGUUUACAGAAUAGCUAUACCAGAAACAUCAUAAGCGGAAACAAGGACAUAAUUUUUGUGUUUAUAACAUUUCAUUUAAUUAUAUAAUAAAUGUUUUCAAAUUGAAAAUAUAUCACUUGUAAUCAUAACAAUAUUUGUAUUGUAUAAAUAUAAUUGAAACAGUGUAGCGGGAAACCCUCCCCCAAUUAUGUUAACGAAGUUUAAUGAAAAAAUAAAUUACUUAAACUUAAUAAAUGGUUUUGUGUUAA